UGCAGUCAUAUACCAAAUACAAUAAGUUCAAUAACAUAAUUUGAACCGGGAAUUUCUAGUUAAUGGUUUUGUAGACAGUGAUGGCUACCGUGGGAAAGCGCCGCUUGAUUAACACUAGCAGGCGUCGGCUAUGUGUAGACUCGGAUGACGAAAUGCAGGUUGACAAAUGUCCUCCAGCAUCGGCAUCGGCCACAACAACGGAUGGACUUGAUUCUGAUGAGCCAUAUGUGAAACGACAUGCCAAAACACCUAAAUGGGCCAAUCGCAAAUCAAAAUCAAUAACUACGCAGUUUUUGGAUAACUUUUUAGUGGAUUUUACACCAGAUGAACUUGCUGCUAAGCGGACGGUUGAGGUCAUAUAUGGCAGUAGCGGCUCCUUUUCAUAUACUUUCAAGAGUUUACAGGAAUCAUUGUUUUCAUCUAGAGGUGAAAAUGAUCUUAUUUUAAAAUUUUUAAAGGCAUUAUCUGCCGUCGCUGAUGAGUACUUCCUGUUGGAUGUCUUGUCCACUGGUGAAAAAGUUGAAACAUUGUCAACAGCACCAAAUAAAUCUCCUAUUGUGACAUCCACAAUUACCAACUACGGUUUGCUUUUGAAAGGUGUUGUCAGGAGAUUGGAAAGCGUUAUUAAAAUAGAUUUAAAUGCAUCCGGAUGGCAUAAAAUUGAUUCAAUGGUAAAGUGCUUCUUACUUGAUGGCCUUCUUCCUGAAUUGCGAUCGUUGAUACUGUCGUAUUUCGACGAGACUAAUGCGGGAAUAGAUGAAGUGUUAUAUUCCUUGCGUCGUGUCAAUGAGCUUGCGAUAACACUGGAUUUAGCAUAUGAAAAUGUAGACGAAGGGAUGGAACCCGCCGGUAGUGGUAAGCUAAAUGCCGAACUGUGUAUCGGGUUAACCAAUCGCAUUACUGAGUUUAUCACAUAUUUACGUGAUGCACGCAAGAUUAUUGCAAUGGCGGUAAUCAACCGUCCAGAAUCUGAAGGUUUGGAAUCACUUAUUAAAGUGAUUGAAAUCCAGUUGGGUAUAAAACAGAACUUAUCCGCCGUUGAUGCAGUUAGCUUACAUACUAAAGUGGAAACUAUCAGGCUUAUUUUGAGUAGUGAAAAUUCAAAAUUCUUCGGAGACAGCGACCUCUCGUUGGACAGUGCCUUUAUUAGGCAAAAAUUCGAGAAUAUAUGUUUGGCUUUUGAGGAACAAAAGAGAAAGCAGCAGGAGGAGCAAGCUGAGUUGAUGAAACGCUGCAAGUUGAAACGCGAUGCGAUUAGGUACAUUCUAGCACGUGUUUCUGAGGUAGAGAACCCCAAUACGUCCCUUGGUAUAAAGCACCCGGGGUAUAUAGUAGGAAUACCUCCUACAAAAUGCAACAAUGAAACAUUGAGAAAAUGUGGGCGGAAGCUUAAGACGCUACUGCAUCCGGAUACUGAACAUGAUUUGGAGUGGAAGGAACGUGCAGAACAUGCCUUCAAGGAGGCUUCUUUAGCACUGGAAAAAUGUGCGAACUACUACACUUCAAUACAUACAUCAUCAUUGAAAAUGCCAAUUCAACCACCCUUUGCUGCAUUUAUUGGAUUGACCCCUGGUAGCGAACCCAGUGGGCAACCUAAUCCGGAAUCCAAUUUAUCAGAUACGGACAAUAUAUUGACACAGCCAACGCUGUUGCUGUUACCAGUGUUUGCGUUAAACUGUAUGGAUAGGAAGGUUGGAUCCUUGAGUAUAGUAAUGGACCCUUCAACAUUUACUUUAUCUGGUUUUUCCAAACUUGGUAAGAACAAGCGUAUGAUAGUAUACCUGCAUCGUCCAACCCAUGGUGAUGAACCAUCCUCUUUUAAAGUAGAUCGUUCCUGUGUAUCCGAAGUGAAACGCAUUUCUUUACCGGAAGCUGUCCAUGGGAAACACCUCACUGCCCGGGUUGAUGCUGUACAACCAAUAAUCUUUGGCAAUGCCUGGAGAUACUUUGUGGGUGUACAGUUGGUUGGCGAUAUAGGUGCUUCACCCGUCGUAUGGAAAAGUAUAUAUGUUGAACUUGCCACAAAAGGACGCACUGUAGCCCAGGUCGGUACUUUGUUGUCAACUUUUACCGGAGCAUCAUUCAUUGACCAAGAUAUUUUACAGUCACAUAUAGCACGUUGCCGUGACGGAUCCAAGGUAGACGGCGAGUCGUUCCUACAGGAUUGCGCCCGUGCGGCACAGCGUUGGGCAGAUGAACAGUAAUUCAUCAUUGGGUCAUUUAUUUCAUUAACAUAACGCUUAUUUCACGAAUUAAUAGUGUACUAAUUCGACACGCAGUUUUA